GCGUCUCAGUGCAUUGUUCUGUACUCCUGUGCCAAGAAGUAGGUGAACUGGGGAAAGUGAGCUGAGCUGUUGCCCCUUUCAGGAAGUUUGCUCCCUCGCUUCGCGUUUGCACUGGGAGGCAGAUCGCUGCCUGGCGCUGGCCCUGGUGUCCCGCUCCUGCUUAAUAUUCUGCCUGCUUCGCUGCUGUUGUGCUUGGCUCCUGUGGGACUGCAACUCACGGCUUGAAACGGGAGCCAAUUUUCUGUCUUCAUCUCACAGUGUUUUGACUGGAGGCAGAUCCAGUUCAGUCCGAUCGGGGCUAGUGGAAACAACUACCUAAGUCUCUUCUGUGUCUUUCGCUUGGGAGCAGAAAACAAACCCACCACACACACACACACACACACGCACGCACACCACACACACACACACAACACACACACGCGCGCCCGCGCGCGAUGUGGCUGCCGAGGCCGGGCUGCUGAGAAGGAGAGCAUGGGAAGCGAAUUGAACUGAUUUGUUACAUACAAUCUGUCUCGGGCGCUCAGCAAUGACUCUGGUGCUGUCCAUGCAGAGAUUCUGCGAGCCCAUUGUCUCGGGAGGAGCGGCCGAGAUCGCAGAGUACCAGACCCUGUGGGGGUCGCACUGUGGCAGCAAGACUAGCCCCUCGGAUCCUCAGCAGCAGGGAGACAGGGCACCAUGUCAUUCUCUGGCAGGAUCACAUUACAGGGGAAUUUCAAAUCCUAUAACAACAUCCAAGAUCACAUACUUUAAAAGGAAAUAUGUGGAAGAAGAGGAUUUUCAUCCACCACUCAGCAGCUGUACGCAUAAAACAGUUUCUGUUUUUGAGGAGCGGGCACACAUUCUUUACAUGUCUUUGGAAAAACUGAAAUUUAUCGAUGAUCCCGAAGUCUACCUACGGAGAUCCGUCCUCAUAAACAAUUUAAUGAAGAGAAUCCAUGGAGAAAUUGUCAUGCAAAACAAUUGGUGCUUCUCUGCUUGCUCUUUUGGUGGUCCCUCAUCGCAAGAGUGGUUUAUGGCUCAAGACUGUCCUUAUAGAAAACGUCUUCGGAUGGCAAAAGAGGAGUGUGAAAAGUUCCAUACUUGCUGCUUUUAUCAAGAAUGUGGCAGUCACUAUUUAAAUUUACCCUUCUCUGUUAAUACUAAUGGGGAGACUUCUUCUUCCUCUUCUUCCUCCUCCUCCUCUUCCUCCUCCUCCCCUAUAUCUUUGCCAAGUUGUUCCCACCAGGUGGAUUAUGGCAUCGGCAGCACCCCUGUUUACAGGCGUGACGACCAGGUUCUUGCUAACGAAAUAUUCAUUACUAAUGCCGAGUCUCAUGGUAAUCAGGAAAAGGCAAAAUUAAAUGAUGAGAAAGGAGGUAACAAAACUGAUCAAGAUGGUAUCACUCUAAACUGUGAACCUAUGAAAGGCGACCUUGCUCUUGAAUGUAAAGGCAAAUUUUAUGAUUAUUUUGAGACUGGAUGUAAUGACAAAAAGAGCAACAUAAAUGAAUCUUGGAAAAAGUCCUUAAGGGGAAAGGAAUCUUUGCCAAGUAAUAAAAUGUGCUGCAGCAAAGGAAGUAAAAUAUGAGCCACCUCUUUGGCUGUAACUCUGGAGCAUGCACAGCAUGUUAUCUAUCAAAAUUGUAUUUUGAAUGGAUUCUUUAUAGUUUUGUACAACGGGUACAAUCAUGCCACAGACAUUGCAGAUAGUUUUAAAUGACUGGAGAGCAGAUUGCAUAAAGCAUCUGUAUGAUCUGCAUCAGUGAGCUAGUUAUAAAGAUGGAGACUUCAUAAAGAGCACAGUUGAAUUACUGCUUACAACUAUCGUUUAGCUUUUUGUUACUGAAAAUACCAAUAAACCAGAUGGGGAAAACAUACCCUUUUAUAUAUGCCCUCCCACAUGGAGUCUGCCAUUAAUUAAGAGGAACCUCCAUUAUGCUUACCAAUUAGUUAGAUGUUUGGUAAACAGAUUGAUAUUACCAGCAAGGGUGCUCUGCUUCUUGUAACACAAUAUUUGUUGUGACAAAAGACUGGAUACUAUGGACUGGGAUUAAACAGUUUCUACACUCUCAUACUGACACUGUUAAAUUCAUGUAUUUAACAGGUUUGUACAACUGACAAAGAUAGGGUGCAUUGUAAGGAAAUACCUAUUUAUGGGAUCUUAAGCAGAAAUACCACCUACAGCUCAAUCACUUGCACAUUUUCAGCUCAGCUGUAAUAAUUAAUGAGGCUUAUGGUGGUUUGUUAUUAUCUAGGGCAGGUUUUUUUGGUGCCUUACUUUUUAUCUUAAUUUUUGCCAGCGUGAAAAUUAAGUAUAAAAUCUGAGCUACAGCAGGGAUUUAUUAACCUAAGCAGAGAAAAACAGGAUGGAUCAAUAGUAUUAGAAACCUGUAAUCUUUGAAAUACUGAGUUCAACUUCUUAUUCAACCAUCGCUAUUCUUCCUUUUUGAUGCUCGAUUGCUUUUUGAUUUGCUAUCCUUAGGAAGGGAUUUAAGAAACAAUAGAGAGACGUGUCUUGUAAACAAGCACUAGAUGCUUGAGCAUUUCUAUGGCAACUGUCUGUUGCUGAGGAUCCUUUUUUUUUUAAUUCUUCCAUAUAAUGAAGUUCAUGAACCAAUGGCAUGCUUUAUACUUUAUUCUGUUUCGCAUAAUUUCUCUCUUUUAGACUGCAAAAGCAUGUGGGGGUUUUAUAUAACUUUUGCUGUUGAUUUAAAACAAAACAAAAAGCACAAUGUUAAUCAAUAACGUGGCGAUAUGAUUUGAUCUUAAAUAAAUGUUUUAAUUUUAAAAAAGAUGAUUUUGGAGAAACAGGGCUUGAACUUUCAAUGAUUAAUGACAAAAAAUUUGGACAUACUUAGGUACAUCAUUUUAAAAUGCACAUUUUAAAAAACAUACACAUUGUAUUUUUCAGGGGGUUAUUAAGAAUAUGUUGGGUCCUGGAUCCAUCUAAUUUUUGGGUUCCACACCCACCUGAACAACUGUGGAUGUGCUGUGCAUACCAGCCAAAUCCAAACCAUAGAUGACAUCUUAUUGCUACCUGUUCCUGACUGGGACAUUGUGAAUCCAAACAAUAGCGCUUUCUCGUUGGUUCUUGCCUUAGGAACAAUUAGCUGUGCUCAUGCUGUCCAUUGUUCACUAAGGGUGAAAUUCAUCUCUGUGAACGGAAGCAGCCCAGUUCCAAAUUGGGUGUAAAUGGGAUUUAAGGAGUGCCCAGACCUGUGAUGGCCUCUGCACAGGGAUAAAUUUCACUUUAAGUGUACAGACCAGCACUCUUUUAAGUCAUUGACAUAUCUAUGGAGUUUAUUAGUGCAGAAUCAGAUUCUGAUUCACUGCUGCAUUGGGUUCCUCUUAGAAUGUAGGCCAUGGAUUCCAAAGAGUCUCUCUUAAUCCUCCUCUGCCGUUAUUUUUCAUUAUGGCAGGUAAUAUGUGUACCCCAUAGUCAAGAUUACAAAUUGGGCAUCUUUCAUCAAUACCUCCACUGGUCAUUCUUGGAAGCUCACCAACUGCUUUAGAUAUGUAGUUAAAUAAAGUUACCUCAAUAUUUGCAGUAUUUCCUACAGGAAGCAUAUUGAAUUCCUAGGGAAUUUUUAAAAAAAACUGAGAUAACCAUUAUUUAGUGAUCUAAGACAAAACUGCCAUGUUUGUAAGGGUUAUCACUGUAACAGGAAUCGAACAACAAAUAGAGAAAAUAUGGAUUAAGCCUGAUUUCUCCAAGACGGAAGCUUUUUUAUUAUUAAUAAUAAUAUAAAAUAUAGAUCUCAUUCAUACAGUGUAUGAGUAGGAUCAUCAUUUAAACGUUUGUCCACAAGGACCAAUUAUUUAAAAGCUGAUUUUCUUGUAUUAUACCCAGUUAGUCUAGUAAUAUCUGCUCUUUUUUUCAGUAUUUGAUAAACAUUUGAUGUUUUAAGCAUAGAUAUUAGAUUCUUGUAUGCUAACGUGUUGUUGUAGUAAAGUGAGGUUUCCUUGGUAUAUAUUUAUUAAAAUGACCAAAAUUCAUUUUGAUUUUA